GCAACACUAUGACGACAAAGUCAUUGUUGUUUACUCAGCAAUAGUGCGUGGAUACAAUUUGUAAAGUGCAUCGAAAAUCGAAAAUUCAACCGAAAUGGCAUUUUAUAUCGAUCCAAGUGAAUUGCCUCUCCAGGUACAGACAAGAGGGGGGUCACUCCAAGUUGGCGACAUACUGCAGUUAUUCUGCACUAGGACCCAGUACCAGUUGCCUGGACCAUUCGCCGGGAACCAGUGUACAUCAAUGUCCAUUACUGCCAUCUCAUACUGGCACUUGUACCUGGCUGACCGGGAACCGACACCUGCUGAUGUGGAAGCCAUUCUGGACGCAGGGAACAUGCUCCACUAUGAGCUGCGAUUAGAGCACGAGCUUAGCUUCGAUGACGAUUGCAGAGUGGCACUUGACGAUCUGCCAAAAUAUCAACCUAUCAAAAUUAAGCACGCGUUUAGGGCGCCUUUUUGUUUCACUUUGGCAAUACUUCCUGUAUAUGUGUUGACCUCCCCAAACAUACAUGGUGAAUUAAUCAAGACAAUUUUUGAUUUCUUAAAAGAGGCACCAAAUUCUAAAUUAUUUGUAUUAUCAAUCUCCCUAUACUCUUACGGAAUCGUCAAGUGCCAUGACAAUCUGCUCUGGCUGUAUGACAGUCACGGCAACUUUGACACAUACAGAGGAGCUAAACUUGUGCCAAAGGCAAGCUUUUUCAGGUUCCAAAGCCUAUCCGAGCUUGAGGCAUUUUUGGUGGACAAACACGACUCUGGUAAGUAUGGCCUGGCUGGUGAGUUCGAGAUCUCAUCAGAGCAACAUGAAGAAGUGGGCCACAUUGAGAUCUCAUUAGAGCAACAUAAAGAAGUGGGCCACAUUGAGAUCUCAUCAGAGCAACAUGAAGAAGUGGGCCACAUUGAGAUCUCAUCAGAGCAACAUGAAGAAGUGGGCCACAUUGAGAUCUCAUCAGAGCAACAUGAAGAAGUGGGCCACAUUGAGAUCUCAUCAGAGCAACAUGAAGAGGUGGGCCCCAUUGAGAUCUCAUCAGAGCAACAUGAAGAAGUGGGCCAUAUUGAGAUCUCAUCAGAGCAACAUGAAGAAGUGGGCCACAUUGAGAUCUCAUUAGAGCAACAUGAAGAGGUGGGCCACAUUGAGAUCUCAUCAGAGCAACAUGAAAAAGUGGGCCACAUUGAGAGAGAUCUUGAAACAAAGCUAGAGGUGGGCAAUGUUGAGGCAGUCUUGAACUCACAGCCAGAGGCACAGACGCAGCCAGAAUCACCAACAAAUAUGCCUCAAUCUGAGGAAGGCACACCACCACUGUGGCGCGGGGAACCGGACGAUGACGAUGCCAGUCCAUAUGUGGGUCUCAUGGGGUCGAGGGAUUAAGGGACCUGUGUCCCUGACCUCUUGACCCUGCCUGUCUCCAGGAGCCAGCCCUGCUCCUCCACCGUGUUGCUGCAUCAGGUUGGCAGGGCCAGGCAAGUUACACAUGGGUUUAGAAGGGAGAAGGCCCGCAAUGGUCGAAGAGGAAAUAAAGCUGGAGGAAAAAGUUUCAAAAGGGGAAGCCACAAAGACGAAAUAAGCUAGGAGGGAUCUGCUGCAGCUGAUACGUAAAUGGUUUCAAAACUGGACUCCAUAAAGUUGGAAUAAGCUGGAGGAGGGGGGAUUUACUGCAGCUGAUAAAUAAAUUGUUUUCAAAAGCAGACUCCAUAAAGUUGGAAUAAGCUGGAGGUGGGGGAAUUUACUGCAGCUGAUAAAUAAAUGGUUUCAAAAGCAGACUCCUCAAAGAUGAAAUAAGCUGGCUGAAAUUACUGCUGCUGGUAAAUAAAUGCUGGUUUCAAAAGCGGACUUCACAAAGACGGAAUAAAGCUCCAGGGGAUAAAGCUAGGGGAAUUGGCAGCAGCAUCCUGGCAAGAUAUCAUUGAUUGAUCGCCAAAGUGAGGGUGAUUAGCCACAAGAAAGUUGAAAGUCAAACAAUUGUAGAAAAAAUUCCUAUUGACAAUUAACAAUCGAGAGUAAUUUGUGUAUAUGAAAUUGAUUAUUGUGUUUUAAUGAUCUGGAAUGUAAAGCAAUUCUAUUCCAGAGAGACACACUCUUGAAAACUUGGUAUAAUAAAAUGAACAAGAUGUUUACAGAUGGAAAAAUAAAAAUGUUUUCAAAGCCA